AUGGGAAGCUCAUAAUGUUGUACUGCUAAUACAAUUGAGUAGGGGUCAGAAUUAGCAACAGGAAUGAAAGAAACAUCAAAUUCUUCAAAGGAUCCUAAUAAUCCAAGUGAUAGAAAAAAAAAUAAAAACUUCUCUUUGUAUAUAUUGUAAUUGAAUAAUGAAAAGAUCUCCAAUUCAAAAAUAAAAAGGUGUACAUGGUCAAUUUAGAAUAGAUGAUCCAUAGACACCUGCAUUUGCUGAUAAUAAAUCUAUUCAUAGUAAAUAAGAAUCAGAAUAGUUUUCUAAUAAAGAUAUUCAAUUAGUAGCUGAGAUUGUUAUGUAAUUAGAUGAUAUCCCAUAAAAAAUUGAAGAAGCCAAUGAAGACAUAUUUGUUUCUUAAAGUUCAUUGAAAAAGAAAAGAAAGAAUGAUUCUCCUUUGUGUGAUUUCUAACCUAAAAAUUCAUUAAAGUCUUUUGAUUCAAAAAGACUUGAUAAGUUAAAAUCUAUUAAUGAACAUUAAUAGAAUAAAGAAGAAAUGAUAAAAGAAGAAUUAGAAAGUCAAAGAAGUCAAAGUGCUGAUAAUAAAUCUGUUAAAAGUAUUUUAAAAUAGGAAAUGAAGUACAGUCAAUUUAAAAAAAGAUAGUCAAGUAAUGAUAAGCAUUCAUAAAAAAAAGUACAUUUUAAAAUCAAUAAAUGA